ACCACUCACCUAAACAACAUGCCCUUUUUAUAUAAUUGUCCUUUAACAACAAGUCUCUUGUCUCUUCUCUCCAUAUCACCAUGGCCAAAACUCUCCAAAACUCCAUCCCAAUCUUUCUCAUCAUCUCACUAACCGUAAUUCUCUUCUUGAUCAGCCUCACCACAGCACAAAAUGAGUACCAAUUCUCAAAAACCCUACCUCCCAAAAGGUUAGGCCUCAAGAAAGAGAAGCUAAGCCAUCUCCACUUCUACUUCCACGACAUUGUCAGCGGCAAAAACGCGACGGCAGUCAGAGUCGCCGCCGCCGCAUCGACGAACUCUUCGGUCACGGGCUUCGGCUUUGUGGUGAUGAUAGACGAUCCGUUGACCGUGGGGCCCGACCCGACCUCCAAGCAGGUGGGAAGUGCCCAGGGUAUAUACGCCUCGGCCUCGCAGGCCGAGGUGGGACUUCUGAUGGUUCAAAACUAUGUCUUUACCGACGGCAAAUACAACGGAAGCACUCUAAGCGUCUUGGGACGGAACGCCGUGUUUUCGGCGGUUCGAGAACUGCCGAUCGUCGGAGGAAGCGGGGUGUUUAGGUUUGCGAGAGGGUACGCUCAGGCGAGGACUCACACGUUCAACCUCACGUCUGGAAACGCUAUUGUGGAGUACAAUGUUUAUGUCUUCCAUUAUUGAUUAUCAGGUUUUUUUCUUUUUUUUUUCUCUGUCUUUACAUGUCCUUUUGUAAUCUGAUAAGAGUACUAGGACUCUCUUUGA